ACCGACGCCGUCCGUGCCGGAAGGGCUGCCGCUGGACCAUGACCACCCGCUGAACGGGACAAUGGCGGCUUACGCUCAACAGAUUGUCGUCUGUACAGGGCACAGAGACUGGACAAGUCGAAUUGAGGAUGACGGGGAGGAACAAGGCUGGGGAGAGUUUGUGCGGGGUUUGAAGAGGUUAAUGGGUCGUGGCGGUCCAUUUGCAGACGUAAGUCGCGUCUCGGUGUCCCCUAUGCCGCCACCUUAUUGCGCCGGCCGACCUCUCUGACUGAGUAUAUAGCCUUUCAACAACGUUAUGGUCACAAAUUCCUCAUUUACCCCUUCCUCCACGGUCUCUUGCUCUCCCGAUACUGCCUCGGCCUUCUUGUUUCCUAGCUUCAAGUACUUCCCUUCAAUACCGGUUAAUGUCUCAGACUCGCCGAAAACGACCACCAACCUCUCCACUUUUGUAAAAGCGUUCCUACUUCCCACCCAACUCAGUCCGAUGACAGAGACACUUCCCGAGCCGCGACAUAGCGAGUUGCUCCGAAAGCCAGAGCUGGCAUCAGAGUUCCCCGACGCUGUGGAUAUAGAGCAUUCCCCGGUUAUCUUGAUAUGCGGUCACGGAGGCCGUGAUAUGCGAUGCGGAGUUAUGGCGCCAAUAUUGGAAGAGCAGUUCCGAAAGAUCUUGGAGUCCAGGGGUAUAUAUACCCCAGCUGGUCCUGACAACGACAAGUUUGAUCGCCCGGAUCGUGCUCAUAUCGGGCUAAUCAGUCAUAUCGGCGGACACAAAUAUGCUGGGAACGUCAUCAUUUAUAUCCCUAAAAGCAUGAAGUAUGGAGACUCGUCUGUGGCCCAUCCGCUGGCCGGUAGAGGGAUUUGGUAUGGCCGCAUCGAACCCAAACACGUUGAGGGCGUUGUGGAAGAAACUAUCCUCGGGGGCAGAGUGCUAUCAGAUCAUUUUAGGGGUGGGAUAGACCAUGACGGAACCAUCUUGCGGCUAUAG